AUGGCGUCGGCGAUGAGCGAGGACAUGAAGAUCGCGGGCGAGCUCAACCGCAUGGUGCAGAAGGAGGUCGAGACCAUGUUCGACCGCAUGGAAGGGCUACGCCAAGCGAGCAAGUUUGCGUCGUUUGCGCGCGUGCACACGCCGAUGGUGCUCGUGCUCGGGAACCACUCGUCCGGCAAGUCGACGUUCAUCAACCACAUGCUUGGCCAGGACGUGCAAAAGACGGGCCGCGCGCCGACCGACUGCACGUUCACCGUCAUCGCCGGCGGGAAGCGCGCCGAGCGCCUCGACGGCUACGCUCUCUCGCGCAACAACAAGUUUGGUUUUCAGGACAUUAAGGGGCUCUUUGGCGCCGACUUUGUGUCGCAGGUCGAGCUCAAGAUGCUCGAGAAGUGCGACCUCCUCGACGAAACUGGCAUGAUGAUCAUCGACUCGCCAGGCAUGAUCGACCCGCCGGGCACGUCCGCGGACCGCUCCGACAUGGACCGUGGCUAUGACUUUAAGCGCGUCGUGCGCUGGUUUGCCGAGCGCGCCGAUAUUGUGCUGCUCAUGUUUGACCCGGACAAGCCCGGCACGACGUUCGAGACGCUUGACGUGCUCACGUCGUCGCUUCAGCAUGUCAACUCGAAGGUCCGGCUCAUUCUCAACAAGGUCGACGACUUCAAGUCCGUCCACGACUUUGCGCGUGCGUACGGUGCGCUGUGCUGGAACCUCAGCAAAGUCAUCCCCCGCAAGGACAUGCCGUUUAUCUACUCGAUGUACGUGCCCACGUCGCACAUCCCGAUGGAAGACAUGUCGACGGGCAACGUCGACGAGGACAUUCUUCGCCGGCUGCUUGUGACUGAAUUUGACGGCACGCGCGGUGAAAUCAUCCGUGAAGUCCAGCGCGCACCCGACCUCGCCACCGAAAACCUCCUCACGAUCUUCAAGGGCGUUUGUGCGCAGCUCAAGAUGCACGUGACUCUUAUCGAAGCGUGUCAAAAAGAGUACCUCUGGACCGAGAAGGUCCACUAUGGCAUUACGGCUGGCCUUGUUGCGUCUGGUGUCGGCCUCGGCUUGCUCUACGUGCUGCGGACAUGGGGCACGAGUGCCUCGGAUGUGGUCGUCGUUGCCGCCAGCGACGACGCCCCGCCGUCGUGGAAGCUCGAGUGGGCCAAGCAAGUCGCCUUUUCAAAGCGCGUGUUUCGGUGGGGUAGCUUGGUCAAGAUCCUUGUGUCGUCGGGCUUUGCCGCGGCGUUCUCGCACAAAAUCGGCAAGCGUGCGCUGGAAGAAAAGCAAAAGGGCAUUCUGCAGUGGCUCCCGCGCGUCUUUGAGACCGAGUAUGCGCCCGUGCUGUGCAAGAACGACCGGCUCCACGACGAGACGCGCGCCAUUUACGCGAGCAUUCUCCCGACCCUUGAACUGGCGCUGACGGCGCGGCCGCUCACGGCGUUUGCUCCGUUUACGACGACUGACAAAAGUUACUUGGACGAGGUGCUCGCGACGCAUGUUCCGCGCCUCGACCGCAGCGUCCGGGACCGCGCCGGCGACGACUAUGCGUAUUUGCGCUUCAAGCACUUUGAGAAACCGUCGCUCCAAUCGCAAUAGUUUAACAUUUAUACACACAACAUGGAUAUUUGCAACGACACA